GUCUCGCGCACUCUCUCUCACACACACACACUGACAUGCAGCAGCAGCUCGGGGUACGGCGGAGAACUUAUUGAGCUGCUGUUGGUCGGUGCGGAUUUUUUUUUUUGUUUUCUUUUUUUUCUAGCGCGCUGCCGCUUUAGCACGCGCUGCGCUAUGAAGAGCGCGAAGAGGAAACUCUGAUCAGAGCGCAAGGCGGACGGACCUAUAAGGGAACUGGGCUUUAAAUUGGAGUGUGUUUUUAAGGUGUUUUUAGUUGGCUUGGUGAGCAUGGUGAGGCUGCAGGUGUGUGUGCUGGCUCUGUCCGCGGCGCUCUGCCUCUGCUCAGGAGGACGAGGAGCCGAGCGCGUGGAGGAUGAGGAGGAUGGUGAUGAUGGAGUCUCGCGGAGCUGCAGGGAUGUCAAGCAGGCGCUCGUGGAGAGAGGAUUCACUGCCGUCAGGAUUAACCAGCACCAGACCACAGGUGAGCACCUGCGUGUGUGUUCUCAGGAGUACACAUGCUGUGGGGUGGAGAUGGAGGAUGCACUCACACAUCGCAGUAAAGCUGAUCUCGAACACCUGAUGGAGGAGAGCAGCAGCACCCUGAGAACCGUCUUCACCACCAAACACAGGAAGUUCGACGAGUUCUUCCUGGAGUUGCUGGACAACUCAGAGAAGUCUCUGAACCAUAUGUUCGUCCGCACCUACGGCAACCUGUUCAUGCAAAACUCGGAGAUCUUUGAGGACCUGUUCUCUGAGCUACGCCGCUACUACACGGGAGGGAACGUGAACCUGGAGGAGAUGUUAGGAGACUUCUGGGCCAAGCUUCUGGAGAAGAUGUUCCAGCUACUGAACUCUCAGUUAUCCUUCACAGAUGAGUAUUUAGAAUGCGUGAGCAAGUACACGGACCAGUUGAAGCCGUUCGGAGACACACCACGCAAACUCAAGGUCCAGAUCACACGUGCCCUCGCUGCCGCACGCACCUUUGUCCAGGGACUCAUGGUGGGACGGGAGGUGGCCAAUCGCGUGUCAAAGGUGAACGUGUCCCCCGGCUGCAGUAAGGCGCUGACGCGGAUGCUGUAUUGUCCGUACUGCGGCGGGUUUGUGGACCUGAAGCCGUGCAGGAGUUACUGUCAGAAUGUCAUGAAGGGCUGUCUGGCUAAUCAAGCUGACCUGGACCCAGAGUGGAACGUCUUCAUCGACUCCAUGCUCCUGGUAGCUGAGAGGUUAAAGGGACCGUUUAACAUCGAGGCUGUGAUGGAACCAAUUGACUUGAAGAUCUCUGAGGCCAUCAUGACUAUGCAGGAAAACAGCAUACAAGUCUCUGGCAAGGUGUUUCAAGGUUGUGGUCAUCCCAAACCAGAUAGAUCCGGAUCAGGUCGGAGUGCCCGCGAGGUGUUCAAUGCUCGUUUCAAACCCUAUAACCCUGAAGACAUGCCUCCAUCAGAGAGCAGCGGCCUCGACAAACUGAGGAGCGUCUGGAGAACCAUGCAGGACAGCGUGAUUGACAUUAAGGAGAAACUGAAGAAGGCGAAGAGGUUCUGGACAUCACUCCCUGAUGAGAUCUGUUCUAAAGAGAAUGUGAUUGAACCAAACAGUGAGCAGUGCUGGAACAGUCACACUAAAGGAAGGUAUUUCCCAGAGGUUGUGAAAGAUGGUCUGACCAAUCAGCUGAGUAAUCCGGAGGUAGAGAUCGACAUCACCCGUCCAGACACCUUCAUCCGGCAGCAGAUCAUGGCUCUGAGGGUGAUGACCAACAAACUGCGCAGCGCCUACAACGGCAACGACAUCUCCUUCCAGGACUCCAGUGAUGAGGUCAGUGGGUCUGGCAGUGGAAGUGGCUACACCACUGAGUUUGAGUUCGCAAGCACAGAGGCGCCAGCGGUAGGGGCGGGACGUCAAGAUCAGGCCACGCCUUUAAGACCUGCAUCUGAUAAAGCCACGCCUCUUAGACCUACUGACAGAGCACCUCCCCUUACUGCCUCACCAAUCACUUUAAUGACGCUCACGUUGCUGCAGUUCUGGUGGAGAUAAUGGCUGGAUGGGGAGCAGACACUUUUAUGAUACAGCUUAGCUCCUCCCACACUGUUAGCCCCACCCCCGUGGGGCUUAAUGAUGGCAAGCAUGAGGACUGACACCUAAAAGACAGAGAGAGAGAGAGAGAGAGAGAGAGAGCAAGGCAAAAUUUCUGCAUCCUGCUUGUUUCCAAAGAGCAGCUUCAUCCUCGAAUGACACCUUUUUCUCUCGUUCCUUUAAAAAAAAGAGACAAAACACGACAGAGGAAUGCUGCAGCACGUUCCUCAGAUCCCUUUCAGUGAAGUACCAGGAUAAAAAAAAUAUAUAUAUAUAUAUAUAAUAUAUAUAUAUGAAGAAGAAUCUAUUUUUGUUUGUGUUUUUUAUAUCCACUGCGCAAGAUGAGCACCUCAAAACAGAGAGAUAUCUAUAUAAGAUGCAGAGUCGUCUCUUCCAAACCCAUCACAAAGGAACAGAGACAUGAGCAGGAGGAACGAUAAAAAGAUUUCAAAAAAAAAAAAAGUAUAACUCAUAUUUGCUUCUGUGUCACUGUGAAUGCAUGACAUCAUAUCUCACAGCUGUCAUUUCUCCUUUUUCUGGUUUUGUGUUAAAAAACAAACAACAUAAAAAUUCCAGCUUC